GCUGGAGCCGCCGCCUGUGUUCGGACGACCCUCCCAGGAGCCAUGGCUGCCACCGGGGUGCUGCCUUUCAUCCGGGGUGUGGAUCUCAGUGGGAACGAUUUCAAGGGUGGUUAUUUUCCAGAGCACGUCAAGUCUAUGACCAGCCUGCGAUGGCUGAAGUUGAACCGGACUGGCCUCUGCUACCUGCCCGAGGAACUAUCUGCCCUCCAGAAGCUGGAGCAUCUAUCCGUGAGUCACAACAGCCUCACCACGCUGCAUGGGGAGCUCUCCGGCCUGCCUUGCCUUCGGGCCAUCGUCGCUCGAGCAAACUGUUUGAAGAACUCCGGGGUUCCCGAUGACAUCUUCCAACUUGACGACCUCUCCGUGUUGGACCUGAGCUACAACCAGCUGACAGAGGUUCCCAGGGAACUUGAGAACGCGAAAAACAUGCUUGUGCUCAACCUGAAACAUAACAGCAUUGAAAACAUCCCCAACCAGCUCUUCAUCAACCUGACGGACCUGCUCUACCUGGAUUUGAGUGACAACAGGUUGGACAGCCUGCCUCCACAGAUGAGGCGCUUGGUGCACCUACAGACGCUGAUUCUGAAUAAUAACCCUCUCUUGCACGCCCAGCUCAGGCAACUCCCGGCGAUGACAGCCUUGCAAACGCUGCACCUCAGGAAUACACAACGCACACAGAGCAACCUUCCUACGAGUUUGGAGGGCUUGAUCAAUCUAGCAGACGUGGAUUUCUCUUGCAACGACUUGAGCCGGAUCCCCGAAUGCCUCUACACCUUGGCCAACCUGCGGCGUCUGAACCUGAGCAGCAACCAGAUUUCGGAGCUGUCCCUCUGCAUCGACCAGUGGACUCAGCUGGAAACCCUCAACCUGUCAAGGAAUCAGAUCAACUCCCUGCCGUCGGCCGUCUGCAAAAUGACCAAGCUGAAGAAACUCUACCUGAACUCCAACAAGCUGGACUUCGACGGCAUCCCCUCGGGCAUCGGGAAGCUGGCCAGCCUGGAGGAAUUCAUGGCCGCCAACAACAACCUUGAGCUCAUUCCGGAAAGCCUGUGCAGAUGUGCGAAGCUCAAGAAACUGGUUUUGAAUAAGAACCGCCUGGUCACCUUACCUGAGGCCGUGCACUACCUGACAGACAUCGAGAUCUUGGACGUCCGCGAGAACCCCAACCUGGUGAUGCCCCCCAAGCCCGUAGACAGAACCUCCGAGUGGUACAACAUUGACUUCUCCUUGCAGAACCAGCUGCGGUUGGCCGGGGCCUCUCCCGCAACGGUAGCGGCUGCGGGCGCGGGGAGCAGUCCGAAGGACCCCAUGGCACGGAAGAUGCGCUUGCGGAGGCGCAAGGACUCUGCCCAGGACGAUCAGGCUAAGCAAGUGCUAAAAGGGAUGUCAGACGUGGCAGAAGAGAAGAACAAGAAGUUGGAGGAGAACGGAGAUCCAAAAUACACAGACCUGAAGACACGCCGCUGGGACCAGAGCUUGGAGAAGCCUCAUCUCAAUUACUCAGAGUUCUUCACAGAAGAUGUGGGGCAGCUUCCCGGGGUCACCGUUUGGCAGAUUGAAAACUUUGUGCCCACAAUGGUGGACGAGACCUUCCAUGGGAAGUUCUACGAGGCCGACUGCUACAUUGUGCUGAAGACUUCCCUGGACGAUAACGGCUCCUUGAACUGGGAGAUCUACUACUGGAUUGGCCAGGAGUCCUCCCUCGAUAAGAAGGCCUGCGCCGCCAUCCACGCCGUCAACCUGCGCAACUACCUGGGGGCGGAGUGCCGGAGCAUCCGGGAGGAGAUGGGCGACGAGAGCGACGAGUUCAGCCAGGUCUUUGAUCAUGAGAUCUCCUACAUCGAAGGCGGCACAGCCAGCGGUUUCUACACGGUGGAGGACACACACUACGUCACGAGGCUUUAUCGGGUUUACGGCAAGAAGAACAUAAAACUGGAACCAGUACCGCUGAAGGGAGUUUCUUUGGAUCCUCGGUUUGUCUUCCUGUUGGACCACGGCCUCGAGAUCUACAUCUGGAGAGGCAGCCAGGCCACGCUGAGUGGCACCACCAAAGCCAGGCUCUUUGCGGAGAAGAUCAACAAGAACGAACGGAAGGGCAAAGCGGAAAUCCUGCUGACCACCGAGACGCAAGAGACGCCGGAGUUCUGGGAGAUCCUUGGAGGGCAGCCGGAAGAAAUCAAGAUCAACGUGCCGGAUGAUUUCAAGCCACCCAGGCCCAAACUCUACAAGGUCGGCUUGGGCCUGGGCUACCUGGAGCUGCCCCAGAUCAACUACCGGCUCUCCGUGGAACACAAGAAGAGGCCCAAGGUGGAUUUGCUGCCUGAGAUGAGGCUGCUUCAGAGCCUGCUGGACACCAAGUCGGUCUACAUCCUGGACUGCUGGUCCGACGUUUUCAUCUGGAUCGGCCGGAAGUCGCCGCGCCUGGUGCGGGCGGCUGCCCUGAAACUGGGCCAAGAGCUGUGUGGCAUGCUGCACCGCCCCAAGCACGCCAUGGUCAUCCGCAACCUGGAAGGCACGGAAUGCCAGGUCUUCAAGUCCAAAUUCAAAAACUGGGACGACGUGUUGAAGGUGGAUUACACCCGCAACGCAGAGUCGGUCCAGCAGCCCGGGGGCCUGUCAGGAAAAGUGCAGAAAGACGCUGAGAAGAAGGACCAGAUGAAGGCGGACUUGACAGCCCUCUUCCUGCCGCGCCAGCCCCCCAUGCCGCUAAACGAGGCGGAACAGCUCAUGGAGGAAUGGAACGAAGACCUGGACGGCAUGGAGGGUUUUGUGCUGGAGAGCAAGAAGUUUGCCCGCCUGCCCGAGGAGGAGUUCGGGCACUUCCACACCCAGGACUGCUACGUCUUUCUCUGCCGGUACUGGGUGCCGAUCGAGUGCGAGGAUGAUGAGAAGAAGAAGAAGAAGAGAGGAGGAGGAGGAGGGGCUGCCGAGGGAGAGGAGGCAGUGGAGGAGGAGGAAGAGGAGGAGGAGGAAGAGGAGAAGCAGCCGGAGGAAGACUUCCAGUGUGUGGUGUAUUUCUGGCAGGGCCGCGAGGCCUCCAACAUGGGCUGGCUGACCUUCACGUUCAGCCUGCAGAAGAAAUUCGAGAACCUCUUCCCCGGCAAGCUGGAGGUGGUGCGCAUGACGCAGCAGCAGGAGAACCCCAAGUUCCUCUCCCACUUCAAGAGGAAAUUCAUCAUCCACAAGGGCAAGAGGAAAACCAAGGACGACAGCAGCCUCCAGCCCAGCCUCUACCACCUCCGCACCAACGGCAGCGCCCUCUGCACCCGGUGCAUCCAAAUCAACACAGAUUCCAGCCUUCUCAACUCGGAGUUUUGCUUCAUCUUGAAGGUCCCCUUUGAGAGCACUGACAACCAGGGCAUCGUGUACACUUGGGUGGGCCGCGCUGCCGAUCCCGACGAGGCCAAGCUGGCUGAGGACAUCAUGAACCACAUGUUUGACGACUCGUACAGCAAACAGGUGAUCAACGAAGGGGAGGAGCCGGAAAACUUCUUUUGGGUCGGCAUUGGAGCCCAGAAGUCCUACGAUGGAGACGCUGACUACAUGAAGCAUUCUCGGCUUUUCAGGUGCUCCAACGAGAAGGGCUAUUUUGCCGUGUCGGAAAAAUGCUCCGAUUUCUGCCAGGAUGACCUGGCGGACGAUGAUAUCAUGUUGCUGGACAACGGCUGUGAGGUGUACAUGUGGGUUGGAACACAAACCAGCCAGGUGGAGAUCAAGUUGAGUCUCAAAGCUUGCCAGGUCUACAUCCAGCACAUGCGCUCAAAGGACCUGACCCACCCACGGAAACUCCGCCUGGUUAGGAAGGGUAAUGAGCCACCAGCCUUCACCCGAUGCUUCCACGCCUGGAGCAUUUUCCGGAAGCCUCCAGCCUAACCUGGCGGCUGACGACGCUGAGAACGGGACUCCCCGAGGCGUAUGGACUUUGUAAUCCUAUGCAGCACAGGAUGGGGCCACUGCGGUCGCUCUUACACAUGGCCACUUUUUUUUUUUUUAAAAAAAGUAAAGCAGCAGCCAAUUGGACAAAACGUUACUAGAAGAGGUGGAGUUAGAACAGCCCCCUCCCCUGUUUAAAGGAAACCCACCUUCCUGUUGCUUUGUCGUUUUCUAUAGAAACCAAAUAUCUGUGCCGGUUUUUCCUCUGCUCUCGCCUCCCUUUUAGAUGCCACUUGAGAAAUGUUACAGCCAGGAAUCUUAUUCCCACCACAGCCGAAUCACAGUGUGGGCUUCUUGUUUUUCCACUUGUAGCAAGACUUGGAUAUUUAUAUAAAAAAAACACACGUGUGAGCAA